GUUUACGAUGAUUCUGCCUGUGAGGAAACCACCGGAAUAACUCCGAGCUCCGGAGAAAUUCAGACCUCUGACUCCCUCUCUCUCCUCACGUCUCUCUACCUGGUUGUCUCCUCCCCCUCUCUCCCUCCCUCCCUCUCUCUCUCUCCCUCUCCUCAGUCUCUCCGCUGCUGCUCAAACAGCAACAGCUCCGCCCGUCUCUCCGUCUCCCUCCGUCUCUGUGGCUCUCUCCGUCUACCUGUCUCCGCCUGCCUCCCCCUUUCCCUCCAUCCACGCGCUGCCCUGCUCCCCCCUCUCGGUGCGGACAUGCUCCCGGGGCUCCGGAGAUGAGGCUCCGAAAUGUCUCCUUCCUGACGGUCUUGUUGUUCGGGCUGUGCGGGCUGGUCUCCCUGUCCUGGUACACCGCCUUCAGCAGCUCCAGAGCCCGACGGACCAGUUGCAGGAACCAUAACAUGCUAGGAGAUGUGGUUGAUAUCUACCAGAGGGAGUUCUUGGCGCUGAGGGAGCGCCUCCACUCGGCCGAGCAGGAGAACCUGCGGCGCUCCAAAGAGCUGAACCUGGUCCUGGAGGAGAUCAAGAGGGCAAUCGCUGAGAAGCAGGCGCUCAGAGACAUCAACCGCACCUGGAGCAGCCUCUCGGAGGAGACGAGGCUGAAGCUGUGGAACGUGAGCAGCAGUAAAAACGUGCUGCAGCUUCCCUCCAUCUUCCAUCAUCUUCCUCACCUGCUGAACAGAGAGGACAGCCUACAGCCCGCCGUGCACCUGGGACAGGGACGCACUGGAGUCUCCAUAGUGAUGGGGGUUCCCAGUGUGAAGAGGGAGGUCCACUCCUAUCUGACCGACACGCUCACCUCUCUGAUGUCAGAGCUCAGCGCCGCCGAGAAAGACGACUGCGUCAUCGUGGUCCUCAUUGCCGAGGCUGACCAACAGUACGCCAGCAGUGUAGCAGACAACCUGAAGCGCCUUUUUCCAGCAGAGAUUCAGUCGGGUCUGUUGGAGGUCAUCUCUCCGUCGGUCCACUUCUACCCCGACUUCUCCCGACUCCGAGAGUCCUUCGGAGACCCAAAGGAGAGAGUCAGGUGGAGGACGAAGCAGAACCUGGACUACUGCUUCUUGAUGAUGUACGCUCAGUCUAAAGGAACCUACUACGUCCAGUUAGAGGACGAUAUAGUCGCUCGCCCAAACUUCUUCACCACCAUGAAGAACUUUGCGCUGCAGCAGCCGUCGGAGGACUGGAUGAUCCUGGAGUUCUCUCAGCUCGGCUUCAUCGGUAAGAUGUUUAAGUCUUUGGACCUGUCGCUCAUCGUGGAGUUUAUGCUGAUGUUCUACAAAGACAAACCCAUCGACUGGCUGCUGGACCACAUCAUGUGGGUCAAAGUGUGCAACCCUGAGAAGGAUGCGAAACACUGUGACAGGCAGAAAGCCAACCUGAGGAUUCGCUUUAAGCCGUCGCUCUUCCAGCAUGUCGGCACCCACUCGUCCCUGGCUGGAAAGAUUCAGAAACUCAAGGAUAAGGACUUUGGGAAACAGACUCUCCAUAAGGGUCACGCCAACCCGCUGGCGGAGGUGACGACCAGUCUGAAGACCUACCAGCACUUCACCCUGGAGAAGGCCUACUUGGGUGAGGACUUCUUCUGGGCCUUCACCCCGGUGGCGGGGGAUUUCAUACGGAUACGAUUCUUCACACCUGUUCGCAUCGAAAGGUUUUUCUUCCGGAGCGGAAACAUCGAACAUCCAGGAGACAAACUUUUCAACACGUCGGUGGAGGUUCUGCCUUUCGAUAAUAUCCAGGCAGAGAAAGAGGCCUUGAUAGAAGGGAAGGAGAAAACGCCAAAGUACCACCGGACCGAGGAUGGCUUCAUCAGAAUCGGAACGUUCCAUAAUGGCAUCGCAGAGGGGGAGGUGGACCCCAGCUUCGGGCCCCUGGAGGCCAUGCGUCUCUCAGUGAUCACGGACUCACCAGUCUGGGUGAUCCUCAGCGAGAUCUUCAUAAAGAAAGCCGAGUAAAGCUCCGCCCCCUCGAAGUUACCUCAGCGGCGUUCAGACGAGCUGACCGGAAGCUCCUCUGCUCCCGUCCUGCCUCGUCCCGCUCACCAGAUCCCCACCGCGGUGCCACAGCGCCGCCGCCUGGCAGGACCUCGGCGCUGCAGGACUGAACAGAUCAGAGACUGAGACACAGCGACAGGUGGGCUCACCUGUCUCCACCCAGAGGAGUGAUGUCAUUACUCCUCAUCCUGUAUUUAUGUGUACAUACAGUAAGCUCAAUGUUGAAACACUGGUAAUCACGGAGGCUGUGGCAAGAGCGGCGAGCCACCUCUGAUGAUCGAUCUGCUGCUUUGGGACUUCCUGUCUGCAGACGGGACCUUCCUGCCCCGCCCACAGUACCCGUGUAUGUGCGUCCACUCGCUGCGUGUGGUGAUGUGUGUGCUGCAGGCGUUUCCCCUCCUUCAAUUUGCCUUAACGAAGAGCAGAGUCACUUCAAACAGGCCCCGCCUCCCAACAUGUAGCGUCCACAAAUACCCAGAAUCCUCUGCUGCAGCCUCGGACCUUCUUCCCGUUAUCGUGGUUUCAAACUACUGACGAAGACGCCGACGAGUUUCUGUUCAUGACCACAUCUUUAAGUUACCGAGGCCUUCACACUGACUGCUCUGUGUCCUGAUUACUCUGAUUACUCUGCAGUACACCACUGUACCCUGAGGCAUUCCUCAGUACCAUGUAGUACUCUGAUUACUCUGCUGUACUCCACUGUGCUCUGAGGUAUUCCUCAGUACCAUGCAGUACUCUGAUUACUGUGUAAUACUCUGAUUACUCUGACAUACUCCAGUGUACUCUGAGGUAUUCCUCUGUGUUUUGCAGUACUCUGAUUACUCUGCAAUACUCCAUUGUAUUCUGAGAGUCUUUGGUACUCUGUGGUUCCUCAUUAGUACUCUGAAAUACGCCACUGUAUCCUGAGAUAUUCCACAUCACUUUGACUGUUAUUCAGUACUCUAAUUACAUUAAAAUAGUCUAGAGUACUCAAAAAUAUUCCACAGUACUCUGAAUUCCUCAGAAGACUGUAAAAUGCUUUGAGGUAUUCCACAGUCUCCUGAGGUACCAUGGAGUACUUUGAGGGUUGUUUUUUUUUAAUACUUUGAGGUACACUCCACAGUACUUUGAAGUAUUCAACAGUCCCCUGAUUACUCUGCAUUGGUCUUACUCUGCAGUACUCUCAAAUACUUCGCAGUACUGUGAGGUAUUCCACAGUACUAUGCAGUACUACUACAGUGUGCCUCAGAACACUGGGGUAAUCAGGGUACUGCAGAGAGUAUUGAAAAAUAAUCAGAGAACCGUCCCUCAGAGGGACUCUGAGAUAUUAUGGACUAAUCUGAGAUACUUUGCUGAUGUAUUUUGUAGUACUCUGAUGUACUCUGUUGUACCACUUGGGUACUUUUCCUUCUUGUGUCUUCUCCACAGGUCGAUUUUUAGUUUUUCUGAGCAGACGCCGUCGUCCUUCGGCUCUUUGUCUCGCGCUGAGCGACGGUGUCAGUGUCGUCUUACAGGAGAGAAGUUUGUGAUAAAUUGUUCCCUCGUUUGCAGAUUUUAAUCUGUUCCCCGAACAGCUGCCUUAAAGUGACGUAAUUCAUGACAUUAUCAUUGUUUCUUUUGUGCGUCUAACUUUGGACCGACUGAAUUUAAUUGACUUCAUGUUGGAUCGACUGAUUUAUGAGGACAUUUGUCAGAUUUAGGGGCCACAUUACCUCUCUGAAAGACCGAGAGCGAAAUGAACAUCCUGUCAAAGUUUAUUAAAACUCCAGAAUCACUUUUAAGGACUUACGUUCUUGGGUUUUCGAGGUGGAUAAUGGCCAGGGCUCUGAUUAAUCUCCUGAGUUCUGGACAUUUUGAGGUCUUGAACUGGACUAAAGUGAAGAGCGAGGGGCCAUCCGGAGGCUCUCUCCUUCUCUAGUGGUUCUGUGGUUUAACAAUGAGUAAAUAUGUGGUGUUCUAAGUGCUGUCAUCUGCCUUUAAAACACAAAUGUAGGACAAAAGAGUGUUUUAGUGUGUUGUUCCUUCUGUAACAUUUAAUGCUGUUUUAACUUAAUUUCACCCGUUAUUUCUGCACUUCUGGAAGCUUUAAACCAUGUUAUGAAGUGCGAGUGUGGCUCGAAGGUUAUUGCUUUGAUCCCUGCGGUUAUACUGGGCAGCUUCCAGUGGAUGUGUUGAAGUGCACUGCCUUUGCACUCAGUGCAGUCGCUCAUAAGAAACAACAAAACAUACCCAGUAAUUCUAAUUUGUUUCCAUUAUUAUUGUACUAAUUAUAUCUUCAAAUACACACAACAACAGUGAAGUGAAGCUGAAACAUGAAACCGUAUUUUAUUCACAGUAAAACACGGAAAACGCGGUAACACGUCUCUAAAAAGGGCCACAUUUCCCUCUGUGCAGCAUCUCCUCUUCUUUGAACAACAGUCUGUAAACAUCUGGGCACUGAGGAGAGCGGCUGCUGGAAUUUUUCAAGAGGAAUAGCAUCACAUUCCUCUCUGAUUCUAGCUGCUCACACAGUACAAAUUGGCUUGCUAAUAUGCAGAAACACCACAGGAUGUAGCUUUGACGUCUAUAAUCUGAUCACAGAAAUCCACAGGAACAGGCUAAGUGAAGUAAAGGAGGUAAAUGAACCACGGGAACAGUUUAUCGAGACUCUCCUGCAUUAAGAUGUGUCUCUCUUUCCUGUACAAACUGUCACUAGUUCAGAUUUUCAGAUGUGAAGUCAGCUGAUCAGUGAUAUUAGGCUAAAUUAACUCUAGCUUCAGGAAACAUCCCAGGAUUUUAUUUUUUUUAUUUUCUUUGAAAGAUGCACUGGAAUGCAUUGCUAUCAUCUUGUAUGUGUCUUUUGUAUCCUUUAGAUAAACUCUAUUUAAAUGAGCUUAAACUUCUAUCCAAUCUGUGAAUUGUAAUAAAGACAGAAAUUUAA